AUGAGUGAUUAUGAUCAUUUAGCAGAACUGUUAAGGCAUCCCGAAAAUCCUAUAGUAUUUAUGGAAAUGACUGCUGGUGGUGCACCUAUUGGCACGAUUAAGAUGGAAUUAUUUGCAGAUGUAUGUCCUAAAACGGCUGAGAAUUUCAGGCAGUUUUGUACUGGAGAAUAUCGAAGGGACGGUGUUCCUGUUGGUUAUAAAAAUGCGCAAUUCCAUAGAGUUAUCCAAGAUUUUAUGAUUCAGGGUGGCGAUUUUGUCAAUGGGGAUGGAACAGGUAUGACUAGUAUAUAUGGAUCGAAAUUCAGGGAUGAAAGUUUUGAGCUUGACCAUUCAGAACCUGGAAUUUUGUCGAUGGCAAAUGCAGGACCAGAUACUAAUGGUUGUCAGUUUUUCAUAACCUGUGCGAAAUGUGACUUUUUGGAUAAAAAACAUGUCGUUUUUGGUAGAGUAUUGGAUGGCUUACUAACUGUGCGGAAAAUUGAAAAUGUACCAACUGGUCAAAAUAAUAAACCAAAAAUUCCUAUUGUUAUCACUCAGUGUGGCCAACUUUCAUGCGUGCAUGCAGUUAAUACUUGGGCAGAAACAUCACAGAUUCUGUUAAUUGUUCAUGAAAUGGAAUUUAUUGUACUACUUGGAGAAGGCGCUGUAGGCAAAACUUCAGUGAUGGUACGUUAUGUGGAGAAUAAAUUCAGCACGCAACACGUGUCGACAUUGCAGGCUUCAUUUUUGAGCAAGAAAUUAUAUGUAGACGGAAAAACAGUUGAUCUGGAUAUAUGGGAUACUGCUGGACAAGAAAAAUUUCAUGCACUUGGUCCAAUAUAUUAUAGAAGCAGCCAUGGUGCAUUGCUCAUAUAUGACAUCACUGAUGUUCAUUCUUUUGAAAAGGUGAAAAUGUGGGUGAACGAGCUGAAACGUAUGUUAGGUGAUGAAGUGUAUUUGAUUAUCAUUGGAAAUAAAUUGGAUCUGGAACGAAAUCGGAAUGUGGAUAAAAAUGAAGCUACCGAAUAUGCAAGAUCCAUUGACGCAGGAUAUUUUGAGACAUCCGCUAAAGAUAAUAUUGGUGUUAUACAAGCUUUCGAUCAUCUCGUAAAAGGCUUAAUUGAAAGAGCAAAUUUGUCCAGUUUGGAAGGAGUUGAGAAAAUGUCUCAUUACGGUACAAGAGGAAGAAGUGAUUUAUUGGUCACUGAUGAUGCAGCACCUGACAAAAAGUUUUGCUGUUUUAUAUAA